AUGGCAACCACCACCAUUCUCUACAAAGAUUAUCCAACUCGCACUGUUGUCGUAAGACCGCCAGCAAACUUCUCUACAACAUGCAUUGUGUUCACUUCACAGCAGACGAAUCGAGGAUUAUGUAGUUCAAUGUUGCUCCAGCCAGCCGAAACAAUUGACUUUGCUUCAUUGAAACCACUGCUACCAUUUCCAGUUUAUGGGUGUCUUGGGACUGUGACAAUUGAGAAUGAUAUAUUUAUUUCGCUGGUAUUGGAAACAGAGAUGGUGGGUCUUUUGAAUGGACAGCCAAUCUACAGGAUCUUGAAGACUUCAUUUUUCAGCUUGCUGUCCAACAAAUACGACAGGCUUAAUCUGGACCCUCCUGUAUCAACUGGAGUUUUCAUGGACGAAGCAUCAUCCGUGAUCCAUCCAUGUCAAUCUUUGAUUAAGCUUCUUUCAUAUGGAUCAUUCUAUUAUAGCCCCACAUUUGAUCUCACCCAUCGCAUGGAAGAAAGACUGUCAUCAUUUUUCGAGUCUCAGUUGUCGGAAUCUAGCAAUAUAACCACAGAAGUAGAGUCAGUUUUAGAUACAAUGGAUUUAAACUAUGUCUGGAACAGAAAUAUGCUUCGUCAACUGAUGCAAAUCCGAGAACAGGAGCUGUCCCCAAGUGCGCGAAAAGAGUUUGAUAUGGGCGGACAUGUGCUUGCUAUUAUUCAAGGGUUUGUGGGUCUUACAAAUGUUUCGUCCAGUAGCGGAAAGUGGCAGUUUGGAAUUAUUUCUAGAAUGGGAUGUAACCGUGCUGGCACCAGAUUUAACGCCAGAGGAAUCAACGAUGACGGAUACGUUUCCAAUUUUGUCGAGACCGAGUUUUUAAUGCUCAAUGAAAAAUACUGGACAUCCUUUUUGCAAAUUCGAGGCAGCGUUCCUGUAUUUUGGGAGCAAAUCGGUGUCCAGGUAUCUCACAAAGUCAUUCUUUCUAGAGGUCCUGAAUCAGCACUCCCAGCAGCUACAAAACAUUUUCAGGAACUAGUUCGUCUUUAUUCGGCCGUUAAUGUGGUCAAUUUACUUUCUCAAUCGCCAACGUCUGCAGAAUAUGCUCUUAAUGAGUCCUAUCGCACUGCUGUUUUGUCGCUUCCUAAAGAAAUAUCCACUGGAGUUAUUUACAGCACCUUUGAUUUUCAUGCGAUUGUUAAACGCGAUCAGUAUGAACGACUGGACAAUUUACUAGAUCAAGUUCGGUCAUCCAUAGAUAGUUUUGGAUAUUCUAUAUUUGACCAUCAAGAAAAAACGGUGGUUUUUCGACAAUCUGGCGUAUUUAGAACAAAUUGCUUGGAUUGUUUAGAUCGCACUAAUGUUGUACAAACGUUUUUUGCUCGGCACAUGCUUGAUUUGCAUCUUGAAAGAUUUAAUAUUCGUUUGAAUUCCACUGAUGUUGAGAAUUGGAAUAAUGCGUUCAAUGGGCUAUGGGCAGAUUCUUCGUACACUCGUAAAGGAAAACAAACCAUGCUAGGAUUUUUGGACGAUGCCGCAAAGUCGGUGAAUAGAUUCUAUGUGUCUAAUUUCCAAGACAAGGCAAAACAGGAAGCGAUCAAUUUGCUUUUUUCCCAGGGGCCAGCAACAAGCAGUCUUCUUUUGCAAAACCCAGCUUAUGAUAUUGCUGAACGUCAGAUGCAAGCCCGUUUAUACGAGUAUGCCAAGCCAUCAGAGCUGAAUAUUCUACUGAGAACAUACAACUUGCAUGGUAAAAUGCCAUCUAUCGAGGCUUUAAUGACCUGGCUUAAUCCAACCUAUACAGUUUUACCAGAUAUUAUUGUGAUUGGAGUACAGGAGCUAAUCGAACUGACGCCCGAUCGUGUAAUUUUUGUUUUUUGUUUAAUAUCAUAUAUAAAAAACCAAUAUAUAUCUACAGAUACCAAUCUUUUACGUUUUCAAUUGGAAGCAAAACUGCUCACGGCAUUGAAUUCCAAACCAUCAGUCAAAUAUGUGGUGCUCCGGUCAAUUCAUCUUGUUGCACUUGGUUUAUUUGUUUUUGUCAAACCAGAAAUAACCCAUCAUAUUAAGAAAUUGGAAACUGCUACCGUCAAAACUGGACUUGGUGGUAUGGCUGCCAAUAAAGGAGGAGUUGGAUUAAGCAUUGCCUAUCAUGACACAUCUAUGGUUUUUAUUACUGCUCAUCUUGCUGCCGGUACAUUGGCAGUGGAGGAACGCAAUCGCGACUAUUGGACGAUUACAAAUGGGCUUGUAUUUCGAGGAAAAAGACUACACGAUCACGAUAUGGUAUUCUGGUUAGGUGACUUUAACUAUCGUAUUGACUUACCCAACGAGCAGGUCAGAAAAUGCAUUCAAAACAAAGAGCUGCUGUUUUUAUCAACACAUGAUCAGUUGAGCAAACAAAUUCAAAUGGGACUAGCAUUUACCAAAUAUAUAGAGGGUCCUCUCAGCUUUGAACCUACCUAUAAAUAUGACACCUGGUCUACAAACUAUGAUACAAGCGAAAAGGCUAGGACUCCUUCUUGGACAGAUCGAAUCCUUUUCAAAGGAAAUAAUAUCCAACUGAAGGAAUAUACACGUGGAGAACUACAGAUGUCCGACCAUCGACCAGCUUAUAAUUUCAAUAUUAUUUUACUACCAAUCAGUACAUGCAAUUUUAUUGGUCCAAGUAACACUAAAGUUGAGCCUCAGCUUUCCGGUUUGAAGAAAGAGGUGAUUUCAACAAAUGUUUCACCAACAGCAUUCGAUAUCCAGGCCGAAAAAAAUCCAAAUUCAGCCACUGCCGUGACAGGAACUUUGAUUGAUCUUUCACACGACCAAGACGUAUCAACUGUUCUAGUUGCACCAAUUCUCAAUCCAUUCACUUCCAGCGAUCCAUUUUUAUGGAACAACCCGCUAGGACCUCUUCCCCCACCUUCUUCGGAUGCUGCUAAAUGGUGGGAAUUGCCACUAAUAACUUCAGCUGGGUUUAGAAGCGGUGUUCAGAGUUCAUGUCUGGGACAAUCACUUUUAGAUUGA